UUCCUCCAUCUCUAACAAAACAAUAACAACAAAUACCUACGCAACUCGAUUUAUUUACGACACGAACUCUUGCUGAGCCAUUUAUCAUUUCAAUAACAGCGAAAGUAAAUUUUACGACCUCUCGACGAUCAAAUUAAUACCUCUACCCACAAACACAUCACAAUGGCGGACCACCGAGAACCUCAAUAUGAUCCUUAUAUCCCCAGCGGAGGAGCUGCUGGUGCAGGUGCAGGAUCCCAACAAGCAGGAGGUAACCAGAGGACGGCGGCAUUACAAGCUACUAUCGAUGAUACCGUUGGUGUAAUGCGCGAGAACAUCAACAAGGUCUCGGAACGUGGUGCCCAUUUAGAUUCCCUUCAAGACAAAACCGAUAGUCUCGCAGUUUCAGCGCAAGGUUUCCGUCGUGGAGCUAACAGAGUCCGCAAACAAAUGUGGUGGAAGGAUAUGAAGAUGAGGAUGUGCUUGAUUGCAGGCAUUAUCAUCUUAAUCAUUAUCAUCGUAGUUCCUGCUGUUGUUGCUACCAAGCAUUAAAUUAAGCACGAACGAAGAAUGGGAAAACGGACUUGCAUGACGGCAUACUUGGGUACAGAGAUUAUGAAAGAAAAGAUACAUGAAUGUUUGUACGGACUUUCAUGGAACGAAACACUUGACACCAGAUCCUUCUGGGCUUUUGCAUGGGGGAUCUGCAAAGCUAGGAGGGCAACGAAGGGGCUUUUAACGAUUCAGGAGUUGAGAUUUUUGAGAUUUUUUACAUGAUCGGUUCUUCCUCUUUUUUCAUGAAGGCGUCACUUUGAUAUCGUUUGACUUGAUGAGCCUCUAAUCCAUUUCUUAUGAUCUAACUUGGUUUGGCUUCUGGUCGACGAUCUUCAAUCAGACUACGAACUUGAACAUGGAUGAAUGGGUUAUUCAGCUCGAAAGGGG